UGUCAGUUACGUAAUGGCUGAUGAGAUUAUAAGAACCAUCUGUCAGUCAUCAUUAGUGUCAUUUAGCUAAAUUAUUUGAAUUCUGGACUCCUUCCUUUUUUCCAAAUAAUAAUCUGCUGUAAAAUGGCUGUGCCGAUCCGGAAUUUAUCACGGUUUAAAGAUGUGUUGAAGCUAGGAUCUGUGUCAGUCAGAUACUCAUCAGAAUAUGCCAGCACAAACACUAAUUUACUGCUGACCAAAGACACUAAAGUCAUCAUACAGGGAUUCACCGGCAAGCAGGGUACAUUCCAUGCUCAACAAGCAAUUGAAUAUGGCACAAACAUUGUUGGUGGAGUAUCUCCUAAGAAAGCCGGCAAGGAACAUCUCGGCAAACCGGUGUUUGGAACGGUGAAGGAAGCCAUGGCUGCAACUGGUGCUACCGCUACUGCUAUCUAUGUACCUCAGGGCGGAUCUGCCCAAGCGGUGUUGGAAGCCAUUGAAGCGGAAAUGCCCCUCAUUGUCUGCAUCACUGAGGGUAUUCCCCAGCAUGACAUGGUGCGCGUGAAACACGCACUUUUACGGCAGAACAAGUCCCGUCUUUUGGGCCCCAACUGCCCAGGCAUCAUCUGUCCGCCGGCUAACUGCAAGAUUGGUAUCAUGCCCGCAUCCAUCCACAAGCCUGGGUGCAUUGGUGUUGUGUCCCGAUCAGGCACCCUAACUUAUGAAGCUGUCCAACAGACCACCGAGCAAGGGCUGGGCCAGACCCUUUGCGUCGGUAUUGGAGGAGAUCCGUUCAACGGUACCAACUUCAUUGACUGCCUAGAUCUCUUCCUCAAGGAUGACAACACAAAGGGCAUUGUGCUCAUCGGCGAAAUCGGUGGCAAUGCCGAGGAACAAGCAGCUGAGUUCCUCAUUGAACGCAACACAGGUCGCAAUGCGAAGCCAGUGGUAUCAUUCAUCGCUGGACUGACAGCCCCACCCGGCAGGCGGAUGGGUCACGCUGGUGCCAUCAUUUCAGGCGGCAAGGGAGGCGCCAUGGACAAAAUAAAGGCUUUAGAAAAAGCUAACGUGCUGGUCAGCCGCUCCCCAGCUAAAAUGGGUAGCAUCCUCUUCAAAGAAAUGAAACGAUUACAGAUUGUCUAAGCGACGCGUUAAGCAUACAUUCUCGUUGUUAUUUGACGUUAAUAUGCAUGAUAUUUACGUAUGCGAUGUAUAGUCUUAUAGUAAUAACAUGCUACUAUUUAUUUGCACUGUUGUCCCGUCAACAGUUUAUUCAAGUUUACUUGCCGGGAAAAAAGGAAGGAAGACAGAAUUAAGUGACACUAGAUGAUUACAUUAUUGUACCUACUUAAAGCUAUAGUUAAUUUUUGUUAUAUGUUCUGUAAAGCUGGUGGUUUAAGACACGAAUCGUUAUCCGAGCACUCAUUCGUAGUAUUAAGAACUCAUAUUAAUGUUAUAAGAGUUACCUUUGAUUCGAACAAAAUCGACUCUGCGGUAGUUAAUAAAAAUUAUGAAAUAUAUUCUAGAAUUCCUAUUCGUUACGCUUGGCGAUGUUGUGUCUAACAUAUUGUGAACUCGAAAUAUAUGCAUACUAUCCAACUAAA